AUGGAAAAUACUACGACGCGGUCUUACGGGAAGACACCAACCCUUUCGUCGGACUUCACCACUCACGCCAUGGCCCUUUUACGACAGCGGCAUAAUUCCUCACCGAUCAGCCAAAGUCCAAAGCUCGACAGCAGCCUGAAGUUCAAAGAAAUCCGGCGAAUCAAACAUGAAAUAUACGAUACCUUUCCUGAUUGCUACGUCGAUUGGGUAGAGAGGGUCAACUUUCCGGAGAUGUAUGGUAUGUACUUGUUGCGCAAAGAGGAAAUGCAGUCGGAAAACGGCGGAGCGGACGAUGUAAAGGAAAUAUUGCUAUACCACGUGACCACCAAGUCCAGGGCCAUGAAGUCGCUGAAGAGCGGACUCGACUGGCGCCUUACUCGGCGCUCCAGAUACGGAUGUGGAGUGUCAUUUAGUGAAGACGCCGAGUACGCCGACAAAUAUGCGGACAGUUCAACCCGCCAAGAUAAACGAGUUAUCAUGAUAUGCUCCGUGCUCAUGAAAGAAACAUACGUGGUCAACCACAAAUUGAACGAGGGAAACAAUUUGAUUGUACCACCCGGCACGGCCGACACAACAGUGAGCAGUAAUGGUAAUGUCUAUGUCAAGUACAAUGACUUUGACUUCUAUCCCCUGCAUUUGGUGCACUACUCCUAUCAGUCAGAUUAUGAUGACUACGAUGAGUACUAUGGCGGCGAUGAGUAUUAUGGCGGCGAUGAGUACUAUAACAACAAUGAGUACUAUGACAACAAUCAGUACUAUGACAACAAUCAGUACUAUGACAACAAUGAGUACUAUGGUUACGAUGAUAAUUAUUAUUAUUGA